AUAAAUAUAUAAUGGCCAACAGAGCUGUACCGCAGAGACCUAAUGGCCAAACACCAGGAAAAAUAUGUCAGUUCAAGUUGGUUCUUUUAGGUGAAUCAUCAGUUGGAAAAUCUAGUUUAGUACUUAGAUUUGUAAAAGGCCAGUUUCAUGAAUACCAAGAGAGUACGAUUGGUGCUGCUUUCCUUACACAAACAAUUCAUUUAAAUGAUGUAGCUGUAAAAUUUGAAAUUUGGGAUACAGCUGGUCAAGAGCGUUACCACAGUUUAGCACCAAUGUAUUAUAGAGGUGCUCAAGCAGCUAUUGUAGUCUAUGAUAUUACUAAUCAAGAUACCUUUGAAAGAGCUAAAAAUUGGGUGAAAGAACUUCAAAGACAAGCAACACCUGGUAUUGUAAUAGCCUUAGCUGGAAACAAGUUAGAUUUAAAUACUAUGAGAAGUGUUCAGACUGAUGAAUCACAAACAUAUGCCUAUGAGAAUGGACUGCUGUUUAUGGAAACAUCAGCUAAAACAAGUGCUAAUGUGACCGAAAUUUUUAAGGCAAUUGCUGAAAAACUUCCUAAGAAUGAAACAACUAAUACUGCAGGGCAGGGUCGACGUCUAGUUGAAUCUGAAGGAGCUAACAAGAGCCUUAGCAGCUGUUGUAAGUGAUACAGUAAAUCAAGUCAGUUUUCAUAUGGAUUAUUGACAUUUAAUCAUCUAAUAACCUAUAUAGCUUUGUAAAAUUAUUAAGCCUCAGAAUUAUAUUUAUCAAUUUGCAUUUAAUAUAUGUAUCAAUAUAUUAUCUUAUAAUAUAUACAAAAUGUUUUGUUUAUUUCCAUUAUGCUUUUGUAAGCAUAAUGUGAGUGUAUUGAUCCAGCAAAAUGUCAGUAUUGACAAAAGUUGGUCAUGUUCAAUAAUAGUUAAUAAUUUUUUCAUUCAUUCAAAUUUUUUUAUUAGCAAUAAAAUAUUGUUUAUAUUUAAGUUUUUUUUUUUUUAUUUUACUCUAUCAAAUUUUUACUAUCAAUUUUAAUUAAAUAAAAUAUUCUAUCAUAGCAAGUCAAAUGGAUUUUGAAACUUAAAUGUUAUAGUAAACCUAAAAGUGUGAAUUUCAAUUAAAUAUUUUCCCAUCUAAAAAUAAAUUAGUUAAAUACAAAAACUAUUGUACYUACAGCCAAUCCAGUCAUAGACCAUAGCCCCACAUGAUAAGAAAUGUAAUCAUGUUUUUGAGAUGUUUUUAACCUAAACCACAAUUAGAUUAGUGAAAUCUAUGCAUCGUUAAUUUUGGUGGUUACAGUGUUUGGUUACUUCUAAACAUUUACAAUGAUUGUGAUUAGUAAAGUUUUGGUAAAAUCAACCCACAAUACAAUUUUAUUUAUUGUAUAAUGUACCUUGUAUGUAUCCUGUGUUACUAAAAUUUAAUCACAAUUUAUAUUAUAUAUUAUUUUAACACCAUUCAAAUGUAAACUAUGAAGUCUAUAUCUAUAUAUAUAUAUAUAUAUGUA